UCACACCACCCCUACCCGCUGGGGGCUCGUCCGAUAUUAUGUAAUACCCGGACUAUAUCCUCAGGGUGCUCACUUGUUCCACAUCAGAAAUGUCUAAGCACGAUGAGUGGAGGAUUCGCGCGUCGGCGAUGGCGCGGAAGAGCGACAACCCCAUCCGCCAACUGGUGGAAGGCCUCAAGCUGGAACCUCAUCCGGGGAAGCCCAUGAUUGCGUUAUCUAUAGGGGAUCCAACAAUCUUCGGAAAUUUAAAACCUCCAUCUGAAGUUUUAGAUGCUCUGAUUGAAAGUGUUUCAUCACAAAGGUACAAUGGCUACGCUCCUUCCGCUGGUCAUGAAGAAGCAAGAGCUGCAGUUGCAAAUUAUUCUUCACAUAGCGAUCUACAGAUUAAACCAAAGGAUGUAAUUCUUUGUUCUGGUUGUUCUUCAGCUCUUGAUAUCUGUGUUGCAGUAAUUGCAGACCCAGGAAAAAACAUUCUCAUCCCUUCCCCAGGUUUCCCACUAUACAAGACUCUUAUUGAAGGGCUUGGUAUUGAGGCAAGAUAUUAUAAAUUACAGGAAAAGUUUGAUUGGGAAAUUGAUCUGAAAGAUCUCGAAAGAAACAUUGAUGAAUCAACAGCCGCAAUUAUUGUUAACAAUCCAUCAAACCCCUGUGGAUCAGUUUAUAGUAAGGAGCACCUUAUAAGCAUUCUUGAAAUAGCAAAAAAAUAUCAUCUACCAAUAAUCGCAGAUGAAAUAUAUGAACAUCUUGUUUUCGAAGGUGAAAAAUUUAUACCCAUGGCAUCCCUAUCAGAUGAGGUACCAAUUCUUUCAUGCAGUGGUCUCACAAAAAGAUUCUUGAUACCAGGCUGGAGAAUGGGUUGGGUCAUAAUUCAUGACAAAAAUGAAAUUUUUGAUAAGCAAAUAAGAGGAGGCCUUCAAAAGCUGACUCAAAGGACUAUAGGGAGUAGUACUCUUAUACAAGGAGCAUUACCGCACAUAUUAUCAAAGACUCCAGAGAAAUUUUAUACAGACACAAUAUCUGUUAUUCAGAGAAAUGCACAAUUAGUUUAUAAAAACCUCUCACAAAUAGAAGGUCUAAAGCCAAUCAUGCCACGAGGCGCAAUGUACAUGAUGGUACGAAUUGAUCUUGACAAGUUUCCUUCUUUCAAUAAUGGAUUAGAUUUUGUUACUAAAUUAGUAUCGGAAGAAUCAUGUUUUUGUCUACCUGGUGAAGUAAGUAUAGAUUACAUAAACACGAAUUUGUUUAUAAAAGUGAGAAAUAUUUAUUCAAAUUAUUUUCCUUUGACUUUUUCAAAUUAUUUAUUUUAUUCACAUACGGCAAUCUACUAUUAAACGUAACCAGUAUUUAUAACACACAUACUUUAAUCCUCUGCACACUUUAAAUAUUUUUCCUGAAUAACAGGUAAGAUAAUUAUGUUUUAAUUAAAUCUUUCUCAAAGCAUCACACUUAGCAUAACUAUAAAAAUAUUAAAAAAACAUCUUACUCUUAACAUACGUUUUGUCCUCAUUUUAUCCAAACCAAACUGCAACAAAACAUAAAUUGUUAUCAAUUAUUGCUUGGCAAAAUUUGUGCCAAAUGAAAUUUAUAUAUAUGUAACAAAUGUUAUAGUAUAUAUAAACUGUAAGAAAAUAAGUUUAAAAAUAUAUUUCACAGUAGUUAAUUCAACCCACAAAUCACAACAAUCAACAGCCUUUAAAAAAAUAAAAAUAAUAAUAAAUGAUUAAGUAGAAUAGUUAUUCGUAAACAAAAACAAUUUUGAACAUGAUAUAUGGUAAAAUACAAUGGACAUAGAAUAUCUAAACAAGUGUAUUUCUUUAAAAUGUUCCAGUGUUUCAAUGCACCAGGGUAUGUUAGACUGACUUUGAGCCCUCCUGGUGAAAUGCUGCAAGAAGCUUGUACGAGAAUAGCUGCAUUUUGCAAACAACACUGUGUAUUAUAGUUUUCAGUUUAUAAUGAAUUUAACCUGGUUUUGUAGAAACAAAAUAUUCAAAAAUUUAAUUUUUAUCAAAAUGUGCUGUUAAAAUUAAAAUAAACAUUUAUAAUUUAACUUGUAGGUACUGAUUUUUAGAAUACAUCAAAUUAAGAAUAUUAGUUAUUUUAAGCAUCAUAAAAAAAUUUAAAAAAACAUUGAGUAAACUUUAAUGUUUUUGAAUCUAGUCAUGCAAAGUGCACUUGUACUAAAAUAAAAGAAAAAAUUGUACAUAUUUAGUGAUCAAUUUUAUUCAUAUAAAAUCCAAAAACAAUGUGUGACAAUAAAUUUAAUGGAUUAGUAGAUAAAAUUUGAUUUUAUUGAAAAUUAAUUGUAACUAUUAAUGUUAAUUAUUUAGACAUAACUUUAAUGUUAUUGAAGAUGGUCAAAUUUGAAUAAGAAAUUAUAUUAUUAUCAUCUUCACAGAAAUGAAGAAAGUCCAGUUUUUUAAAAAGACUUUUAAGAUAAGUAGCCUUUUAUUUAUAAAUAUUUUAUGUUUGUGAUGCAAAUGUAUAAUUUUUGUAAUUUACAAUAGAAACAAAAUGUUUUAUCCAUUACUUUUUUUUAUUUAUUUAUAAUCUUACUUUGAAACUGAAUCUUUCU